AUGCAGUCUGGUAAAAGAUGCUGCGCUGCUUCAGUCCAUCUCGUCCUGACUUCAGCUCUGAACUCAAACCCAUCACACCUGAGAGAGCUGAAUCUGAGAGGGAAUAAACCAGGAGACUCUGGAGUGAAGAGCCUCAGUGAUCUACUGAUGAACACACAAUGCAAGCUGGAGAAACUAGAUCUGUGUGGAUGCAGUAUUACAGAGAAACAGAGUCUCGUCCUGACUUCAGCUCUGAACUCAAACCCAUCACACCUGAGAGAGCUGGAUCUGAGCUGGAAUCACAUAACAAACACAGGAGUGAAUCACUUGUGUGACGUACUGAAGGAUUCACGCUGUAAACUGGAGAGAUUGAGUCUAAAUCACUGUGGUAUUAGAGACGUUUCUUCUUUAACUCAGUCUUUGAGAAACACAAAAGCACUGCAGUUUCUAAAAGAGCUUGAUCUGAGUGAUAAUAUGAUUGGAGACUCGAAGCAGCAGCUCAUUGAUGUGCUGCGAGACUCAAACUGUGAACUGAGAGUCCCUGAUAGAGUUCAGCCGUCACAGGAUGAUGGAUGCUGUAUAUCAUAGUUUAAGAUGAUGAUGAGAGGAGCAGUGAACAUCAGCUGAGAGCUUCACCUCUGUGUCUGUG